UUCGUGAAAAAGAUUACGGACGAAGUUCUGGCGGUGGCCGUUUGUGGCGCUGGUAUAUCAAGUAUCAACAGCUGUGCGGCGCUGGCAGCGAUCGUGAGUGUACGUGUUUAUCGGCCAAGUGUCAAAAAUGGCCUCGGCUUCGGUUCCUCUACUGAUGGAUGACGAUACCAUUGCUUUUGGUGAAGAAGAUGAAGUUAAUCAAUCUGGCAAACUCAAGCAUCCAUACGUCACGCUGUUUCAUUUGCUAUUCAGAGUUUCCGCCAUAGUUGUUUACAUGUUCUGUGGCUGGUUUUCUAAUAGUUUUAUAGCAAGUUUUGUCACUGUCGUUUUGUUGCUGUCCAUGGACUUUUGGACGGUUAAAAACAUAACUGGAAGAUUAAUGGUCGGCCUCAGAUGGUGGAACUACGUUGAUGAUAAUGGCAAAAGUCACUGGGUCUUUGAAUCAAGAAAGGGCUCUCAACAGAAUCGUAUAAACCCUUCAGAAUCACGAAUCUUUUGGCUGGCUCUCAUUCUCUGCCCCCUCCUCUGGUCCGUUUUCUUCAUUGUUGCUCUUCUCAGUAUCAAGUUCAAAUGGUUGCUUCUCGUGUGCAUCGCCAUCCUUCUGAGCGGUGCAAAUCUUUACGGAUAUGUCAAAUGCAAAAUGGGCAAUGAUCAGAACAUUUCAACAGCUACAAAAGAUUUCCUGCGUAAACAAGUGAUGCAAAACGUCAUGGCAUCGAUGAUGGCGAAGAGUCCGCCCACUACAACGCCGAGUCAACAAGCAAAUAUAAUUUAAAUUUGGAGCAUACUUUCCAUGAAUGUAAUAUAAUCCUUCCAAAGUCAUUACGUCAUUCCUCAACGCUAAUAUACGUGUGUAUAAAUAUUCUUAACUAUGUAAAUGUAAAUUGAACAUCGAUCUCUGUCGAUUAAAACACAAAAACUCGAUAA